AUGUACUCUCUCCCCCGUCUGCACCUGGUGUACUCUCUCCCCCCGCUGGACACUGUGUACUCUCUCCUCGGGACUGCACCUGUGACACUCUCCUCCUGCGGUACCUCUCUCCCUGCCCAACCUGUGUACUCUCGUUCCCUCUCGUCCCCGUCUGCACCUGAGUACUCUCUCCUCCUCCCCCCCCCCCCUCUGCACCUGUGUACUCCACCCCCCGUUCUGCACCUUGUACUCUCUCCUCCCGUACAGCACCUGUGGACUCUCUCCCUCUGGACACCAUCCUCACCUCACGACUGCACCUGGUGUACUCUCGUCUCCGUCUGCAAACUCUUGCUACUCUCUCCCGCCGUCUGCACACCUGUGUCCUACUUCUCCCCCCCCCGUCUGCACCUGUGUACUCCUUCUCCCCCGUCUGGCACCUGUUUACCCUCUCCUCCGUCUGCCCUGUGGAACUCUCUCUUCCUCCCUGACACCUCUCUCCUCCCGCUGCACCUGUGUACUCUCUCCAAUCUCUCCACCGUCUGUCACCUGUUGUACAUGCUCAUUCCCCCGUCGCACCAGUGUACAACUCACGCCCCGUCUGCAACUUGUUACUCUACUCCCCCGUCUGCACCUGUGUACUCUCUCCACUCCGUCUGCACCUGUGGACGGACUUCUCCUGUCCACCUGACACCUCUCUCCUCCGUUCUGCACCUGUGUACACUCUCCUCCGACUGCACCUGUGUACCUUCUCUCCCCCGUCCUGGGCACCUGUGUACUCUCUCCCCCGUCCAGCCCCUGUGUACUCUCUCCCCCGUCUGUCACCCUGUGUACUCACUCCUCCUCUGCACCUUGGGACUCUCCACCUCCCUGACACCUCUCUCCUGCACCUCCGAUCUGCACCUGUGUACUCUCUCCUUCCUCUGCCACCUGUGUACUCUCUCCACCGUCUCACCUGUGUACUUCUCUCCCCCCGUCGCACCUGCACCUGAUGUACUCCCUCACCCCCGUCUUGCCCCUGUGAGUACUCUCGUCGUUCCCCUCCCGAUCUGCACCUUGUACUCUCUCUCUCCCCCGUCUGCACCAGUGUACUCUUCUCCCCCGUCUGGCACCUGUGGGCCACUCUCCACCUUACACACAGUCUCCUCCAUCCGUCUGCACCAGUGUACUCUCGCCUCCGUCCUGCACCUGUGUACUUCUCUCCCCCGACCUGCACCUGUGGUACUCUCUCUCUGCCCUCCGUCUGCACUGUGUUCUCUCCAUCCUCAUUCUCCCCCGUCUGACACCUGUGGUACUCUCUCUUCCUCCGUCUGCACCAGUGACUUCUCACCUCCAGACAAGACCCUCUCCUCCGUCAUGCACCUGUGUACUCCUCUCCUCCGUCUGCAACCUGUGUACUCCUCCCCCCCGUCUGCACCUGAGUACUCUCUCCCCCGUCUGCACCUGUGUACUCUCUCCCCCCGUCUGCACCUGUGUAUCUCUCUCCCUACCGUAUGCACCAGUGGUACUCUCUACCUCCCUGACACCUCUACUCUCCGUCUGCACCUGAUCUACCUGUGGUACUCUCUCCCCCGUCUGCACCUGUGUAACUCUCUCCUCCGUCUGCCCUGUGACUCUCUCCCACCUGACAACCUCUCUCCUCCGUCCUGCACCUGUGUCACUCUCUCCCCGUCUGCACCAGUGUUCUCUCUCCCCACCGUCUGCACCUGUGUACACUCUCCCCCCGUCUGCACCUGUGUACUCACUUCCCCCGACCUGCACCUGUGUACUCUCUCCCCGACUGCACCAGUGGACUCACUACUCCUCCUGUACACCUCUCUCCUACGUCUCUGCACCUUGUACUCUCUCCUCCGACUGUCAACCCUGUGUACUCUCUCCCCCGACUGCAACCUUGUUACACUCUCCCCCGUCCUGCACCUGGAACUGUACUCUCUCCCGCCGUCUGCCACCUGGUGUACUCUCUCCCUCCGUCUGCACCUGAGAGACUCUCUCGCCUCCCUGACACCUCCUCUCCUCCGUCUGCACCUUGUAGCUCUCCUCCCGUCUGCAACCUGUGUACUCUCUUCCCCCGUCUGA